UGAACGGACGGCGAUGUCGUUCAAGAGCCUCGGCACCGUUACGGUCGCCGACAUCGAAGCUCUCGGGAUUGAGCCGGAGCUCGCCAACAGACUCCAUGGAAGUCUCGCUAAGAUCAUCGCCGAUCACGGCGCUGCCUCUCCGGACACGUGGCGCAACAUCACUGGGAAAGUGCUCAGCCCGGAGCUUCCGUUCUCCUUCCACCAGAUGAUGUACUACGGUUGCUAUAAGGACUUCGGACCCGACCCGCCCGCCUGGCUGCCCGACCCGUAAGCUCUCUCGCUCUUUUGAAAUAUAUAAUUAGACCGCGAAAUGACUGAUAGCUUAAUGUUAAUAAUUAGCUUAAGUUUUUGUCAAUCUGUUUACUUUCAGAUUAAAGUUAGUUUUUUAUUUUUUUUUGCUGUUUGUGAUUUGGAAAAUUCCUUGCUUAAGAAGAAUCCUCGAGUUCACACUUCACAGAAUUCAAAGAAUUGCUUGAGUAUAAAUUGCAAGAGGAGCUUGGAUGAUACAAUGAUAACAUGGCGUGAUGAAGGGAAGGGUGAUCUUGCUUUGAAUAAGAUGACACUUGAAGAACUGCGUGCAGAGGUUUGGUUAGUUGCACAUUCUCUACAGGCACUAGGUCUGGAGAAAGGAUCUGCAAUCGCAAUUGAUAUGCCAAUGAAUGUCAUUUCCAUAGUUAUCUACCUGGCCAUUGUUCUGGCGGGUUACAUAGUUGUAUCAAUUGCUGAUAGUUUUGCUCCUCCUGAAAUAGCAACCAGACUGAAAAUUUCGGAGGCAAAAGCCAUAUUUACUCAGGAUGCAAUAGUUCGUGGUGAGAAAAGUCUACCCUUUUAUAGUAAAAUCAUAGAUGCUCAAUCUCCUAUGGCAAUUGUUCUCCUUACAAAGGGCUCCAAUUCCAGCAUGAAACUGCGUAAUGGUGACCUUUCUUGGCAUGAUUUUCUAGAAAUAGUAAAAGAUCUCAAAGCUGAAUUCACUGCUGUGGAACAACCUAUAGAAGCAAUUACAAAUAUCCUCUUCUCAUCUGGAACUACUGGAGACCCAAAGGCAAUUCCAUGGACCAACGCAACUCCUUUCAAAGCUGCUGCAGAUGCCUGGUGUCAUAUGGACAUUCGUAAAGGUGAUGUUAUUGCUUGGCCCACAAAUCUUGGGUGGAUGAUGGGCCCUUGGUUGGUAUAUGCUUCUUUGUUAAAUGGUGCUUCCAUUGCCCUGUACAACGGAUCUCCACUUGGACCUGGCUUUCCCAAGUUUGUUCAGAAAUUAUUGCAUUCAGGAUGGGAGAACUUGGAGGCCUUUCACGAUGGAGGGCACGCUAUGAGGGUAUCGGUGUGAAUGAGACACUUAUCAAUCAUGCAACAGAAAAGGCU